GGCGGGCUCGGAGCCGAGCCCCGCCCUCGCUCCUCCCUCCCGGCGCUGGCCUCCGCAGCCGGGGAAGGCCGGGACGAUGCUGGAGACGCUGCGGGAGCGGCUGCUGAGCGUCCAGCAGGACCUCACCGCCGGGUUGAAGACUUUGGGCGACAAAUCAAGAGAUGCAAAAAAAAGGCAGAGAACUAUUCAGUGUUUGCCAGAGUUUUCUGCUGGACUGGAAUUACUCAGCAGAUAUGAAGAUGCAUGGGCUGCCCUUCACAAAGGAGCCAAAGAUUGUGCAAAAGCUGGAGAGCUGGUCGAUAGUGAAGUUGUGAUGCUUUCUGCACACUGGGAGAAGAAAAGGAACAGUCUGCUGGAACUACAGGAUCAGCUCCAACAAAUACCUGGGUUUUUAACAGAUCUGGAAUGCCUCACAGCAAGCCUAGCCCAGCUAGAGGCAAACUUUGAGGAAAUGGAGAAUCAUCUGUUGUGUCUUGAGGACCUAUGUGAACAGUGUGAGUUGGAAAGAUACAAGUGUAUGCAGACAUUGCAACUGGAAAACUACAAGAAAACAAAAAGGAAGGAACUGGAGACCUUCAAAGCUGAACUAGAUGCUGAACAUGCACAGAAGGUUUUGGACAUGGAACACACCCAGCAGAUGAAGCUAAAGGAACGUCAGAAGUUCUUUGAAGAAGCCUUCCAGCAGGACAUGGAGCAAUACCUUUCCACAGGAUACCUGCAGAUAGCAGAGAGGCGAGAACCGAUUGGAAGUAUGUCUUCCAUGGAAGUGAAUGUGGACAUGCUGGAACAGAUGGACCUAAUGGACAUGUCUGACCAAGAAGCACUUGAUGUCUUUUUAAACUCAGGAGGCGAAGACAAUAAUAUGCUUUCUCCCAUGCUGGGGCCUGACACCAACACCUAUGUGAAUGAGAUAAGUCUUCAGGUCCCGAGCCAGUCUGAGUUACGACAAAAACUGUCUUCACUGUCAUCAACCUGCACUGAUUCUGCCAGCCAAGAUGCAAGUGAAGGAGAGUCUCCAGUUGUUCAGUCUGAUGAAGAGGAAGUUCAAGUGGACACUGCCCUUGCUGCUGUAACCGAAAGAAAGUGUGCUUCAGAUGCUAGUGAUGAAAGUGACUCUCAAACUAUUUGAAUCUUAAAACCAUAUCCUUUAAGAAUGACUUCUGAAUGAAUGAACAAGUGAAUGAAGAGCUUGCCUGUGUAACAAUUUGCUAACCAAGCAUAACAGCCAGAUCUUUUUACUUAGUAAUACUGCCUUUUUACAAAUUGCCAGUCAUAUGGAGGUUGGUUUUUAAAGAAAAAAAAUAUGCCUAAAGCACACACACUUUAACAGUAGUCUUGGGGCUCAGGGGAGCAGUAAAACUGUUGUAUAUACUAUGUAUAAGAGAAUUAAAGGGGAAAGAUAGAAGUUACUUUGACCACUAACCUUUAAAUGGCUGAUUGGAAAUACUUAAGAGUUGAUGUGUAAUACUGAACCCAAAUUGUUCCUUGCAUGUUUUCAGCUGCUGCAACUGAAGAUUUAGGAUCCAAACCAAAAUGAAAAGUUAUUUUCUACUCUUUACUACCUACUGUCUGCCUCCUGCCUUUGUCUACGAAUGCAGCAGUGUUUACUGUUCUCACACUUCCUAUUCAGGACCAACUUAGUUAUUGUAGGUGUUAAGGAAAAAAUAAGAACCUGAAAAGGAGGAGAGAUGCGUAUUGAAAUGUUACACUCCUUGUGGAGCAGGUAUCUUAGCAUUGUGUAAACUCCUCUUUCGAGAUAAAAUAAAGUAUUUCUAUCCCAACCCUGUCUUUUACUUGACUACCCAAGUAUUUUAUCCAUGACAGUGAACAGAGGAGCCUAAUUCAGAAAAAAAAAUGGUUAUUAGGAGCACCAGUGUAAUGUGCUUUUCCAUGGUAACAUCUGUUUGACUACACUGAUGCAGGCCAGCAGUGCAAGGGAAAUAAACCUGAAUUAAUUAUAAAUUAAGUGCAUAUAUUUUAUAAACCUUAGGACCUAUAGGCAUCAUCUAAUUGCCAUUUUUUCUGCAGUCAUUUUUCUCUCUAAACUCGAGGUCUGAACAUGUCUAACACCUGUUGCUUGUCAAGUCUCAUGCUCUAUUUGCAGGGAUCUGCUCUCCUUUGAGAAGGCUCCUGGCUCCUGCUCUUCAUGCAUGGAGGGAAGGAAUGUAAUCAGAAACAGCGUAAGUAAAAGGAUGAGCUGUGAUGUAGAUCCCUUCCAAAGACUUGCCCUGACAAACCGAGGGAAUGAGGCAUCUCCUGCUGCUUGCCAGCUGGGAAGUGGCCAGUUUCCUUAAGGAUUCACUGUUAGCUGACAAAGUGUUUCCUGACUCCUGCCUGGGAAAUGAAGGCUAGAAGCUCAGUCCCUACAAUAAGAGAUUUACUAUUCAACAAGGCAUCUGUUGAAAGAAACUUUUCUUGAAGGAGCUUCCUUUACUCUCUCGCUUUCCAGAAGACAGACAAAAUGUCCAAAAAAGUUUUGUUUUUUUUAUUAAACCUUGUAGUACAAACCUGGAAAGUAAACAAAAAACUGGCAAUAAACAACAUGAAGUCUUUCCUUACAAGGAAAGAGAGCAGAGCAGCGCUAAUAAAUUAAAUGUCAAACUGUAAGCCAUAGUCAGAAGUUUACUGUCAAGAGGGAAAAGUACACAGCAAGGCCAUAAAAACCAGACAACCACAUUUGAAAACACUUGACUCUGUUUAUGUUAUUGUUAAAUAUUCCAAAACAGUUCAGUCUUCUGCAACAACAACCAACAAAUUGUAUUAUAGGACUUUCCUGACAGUCACCACUGGCAAGCUCAGUGCAAUAUGGGUAGCUACGGUAUUGUUGAAUUCAAUUACGAAACAAAACAGUUUGUGAAAACAUUUUCCCUUUUUUAUUCCACACAUACUGUACACACAACCAGAAAAGGGCAACAGCUACUCCAUUAUUAUUUUUUGUUGUUGUUCAGUGAUGUAAGCAGCACUUAUAAAUGUUACAAGAAAAACCCUGUAAGCAUCCAAUCCAACCGAUGAAGAAAGUGAAACGUAAGGCUUUUCUUCAUCUUGUCUCUUUGCCAUCCCUCCCCCCACCCCAAGAAAAGGCUCAAGUAUUUAAAAAAAUUUACAGGCAUAUGUACAAAAGGUGUGAUUUUUUUUUUGUUACAACAUGAAGAGAAAAAAUAGACAAGAUGAAAGCAAAUGCAUUUUCACAUUCAAAAGAAAUAUGCAGACCUGCUAGUGGCUCUAAAUGUGAAUCAUAUAAUGAAACAAAUUCAAAACAAAAAUUAAUGCUUGACUGUGUAAAGGUGUGAAAAACAGCAGUGGAAUGGAAAUGGAAUGUUAGAAAGAUUGCACGUCUAUGACAAAAGAAGCACUUAUGGCUUCAAUCACUUUUUUUCUUUUUUUUUUCUUUUUUUUUUCUUUUUAAAGGAUGCUAUUGAAGGGUUUUUGAUAAAGUAGCCAACAGCACCAAAAAAUAACAGAAUGGAUUUCCUAAUGAAAUCAGGCACAGUUUUCCCUCACAUGACUCCUCAAGGCAGGCAGUCUUUUUUUCCUCUUUAUUUUAUUUUUUUUUUUAAUUUUUUAUUUUUUCCCCUCAAAACAGAUGCAUAGUGAUGUGCUGGUAAAAGAGAACAUACUCCAAAUCUCCUCCUUUUGCCUACAGUUAGGAAACAAAGUCCAUCUUCAGCUGCCAUAACCUCCCAAAGAAAGUGUGUAUUCACCAAUUUAAAAAAUUACAAAACUCAUCUUGCUGUGACAGAAUAAAAGACAGCCAAAGUAAAGCAA